AUGUCUCAGGGUCGUGCUGCUGGCAAGGCAAAGGAGCUACCUCCCAUUUCCGCACGGGUUCUCGCGGCCCCUCCUUCCGGCCCUACCUUCGAUCGGGAGUGGUACGCAAGCCCACUGGAGUGGUCCCGGGUGUACAAGAUGGCUGAGCAGGCAUCGGUCACAUAUGCUUACAGGCAAAUCCGUGAAGUUUACCGCCACAUUCUUUAUGACCUCGACACCCUCCAUGACCUUAUGAACAAACUCGGAUGGGCCGUGCCAGACUCCUCCUCUGACGACCAGGAGUCCUCUCCUUCCAGUGAGAGCUCUGCCGAUCUCCUCAAUAAGAAGAAGAAGAAGAAGAAGAAGAAGAAGAAGAAGAAGAAGGGAGUCUUCCGGGAGGCUUUGGUGCUUUGCGGUUCAACGUUCCCUGUCCGUGGGAGGGGCUUCAUGGCCAAUCAACCGACCCAAAACAGCCCGCACCUGAAUAACCGGGGUGCUUUUCGGGACCUUUCCGCUCCGCCAACCGACGACGGAAAACGUUAG